CUGAACUCGUCGACAGACGGACACACCAGCAGUCGCCAUGGUGCAAGUGACCACCUUGGCAGGCGACUCUUGGAGUUUCCCAGCACAAGAGGGCUGGACUCUGAGGGAUCUCAAGGAUGCAGUGAAGCAAGAGACGGGCAUUCGCAUGCGCGAGCAGCGCUUCAUCGAUGGCACACGAGAGCUUCAAGAGGAUGAGCCGCUCAAAGAUCAACUGCACCUCACACUGAUCAGACGUCCUACGGAACAGGUGCUGCUUCUGCAGGCUUUGGAGGAUUCCCAUCAUCCGGAACGUGUUUUGCGCCGGGCACCCGAGCAGUUCUUGGCAGAUUGGGAGGUUCUGCUGACAGCCACUGCGCGCGAGGCGUCCUGUAUUUGCUUAGCUGAGAAGUCGUUGCAGGGGUGAUGAGACCAACAACGGAGAGGAGGUUUAAUUUGUGGAGGUCCAGAGAUCCCACGGGAGUGGCGUUUCUUGAAAGUCCAGGGACACCGUCCAGAGAUC